CAAAAAUAUUUUGCUAUUGUUUUUUGUAUGUACAUUUUGUUGUGUGCGUUUGUGCCUAUAUAUAUAUAUGUAACACUCUCACACCAAACACUCCGCGUCGUUACAUUCACUCAAUCACGAUUAAUUUCUUCAUCUUAAGUUUUUGUUUUUUACAAACGUAACACAUAAGCUGGAGAAUAAUAAGAUAUUAUAUAAUUACAACAACAACAACGUAUAACUGCCCAAAAGAAAUCUCUUGUAAAAAAGAAAUAAACGAAAAAAAAAAAAAAAGAAGAAAAUUAAAAAUACCCACCGAGUCUGGCAAAGUACUGAUUUCAUACUCUUAAAAACCAAGUGCCACCAAUAAUCAAUCAAUCAAUCAAUCAAUCAUCAACAAGAUACAUUCAUCAGACGCGCUGAUUAUUAAAAGCGAAUAAUUGACGAUCGAUCUCAGCCUCCCGUGUAUAGCGACAAGAUUUAAUACAAAAAAAGGGGAAAAAGGAAACUGCCGUUCUUUCUCCUUCUUCUUCUUCUUGUUCUUUCAUUCUCUCCCUGUUCAUCUUCCCAUCUGUGUUCUAUCCAAACGAAAAACAAAAAAAAAAGAACUAGAAUAUAAUCAUUGUUAGCCAAAUUAAAUACAAUAGCAAUAAAGACGAGGAAAGCAACAUUAGCUGUACUAUUCGUCCUGUAUUCGUUUAACAAAAUAUGGCAACACCUCAAGUCAAAGACUUGGUGUUGCGUUCGCCAGCUGGUUCAUCCGAGGUAAUUACCUUUACGUGGCCUUUACAAGUUGGCUCCGGCCAAGAUAGACACGAUAAUGGCAUCGAUAUUAUCGAUACAAUUAAAUUCGUAUGCGAUGAGCUGCCCAGCAUGUCAUCGGCAUUCGAGGAGAUUAAUCUCAAUAAAAUUGACACUGCCUGCUAUAAGACUAUGACAAAUCUUGUCGAUCGUUUUAAUAAGGCUGUGGAUAGUAUAGUUGCACUGGAAAAAGGAACCUCACUGCCCGCUGAACGUCUUAAUAAAUUCGCUCAUCCCAGUCUUUUAAGACAUAUAUUGCAACUAGUCUACAAUGCUGCCGUACUCGAUCCCGAUAAGCUUAAUCAAUACGAACCAUUCUCACCAGAGGUAUACGGUGAAACAUCGUAUGAACUGGUCCAACAGAUGAUCAAGCAUGUAAAUUGUAGUGGCGAGGAUACCUUUAUCGAUUUGGGUUCAGGUGUUGGUCAAGUCGUACUACAAAUGGCCGGUUCUUUCCCAUUAAAAUCGUGCUUAGGUAUAGAGAAGGCUGAUACACCAUCUCAUUAUGCCGAUCGUAUGGAUAUGUUCUUUCGUCAAUUUAUGGCCUGGUUCGGUAAACGUUAUUGUGAAUAUAAAUUAAUUAAAGGUGAUUUUCUGGUCGAUGAACAUCGCGAGAAAAUAACAAGUUCUUCACUGGUAUUUGUUAAUAAUUUCGCCUUCGGUCCCAAUGUCGAUCAUCAAUUAAAGGAACGUUUCGCCGAUUUACGAGAUGGAGCCCGUGUAGUAUCUUCAAAAUCAUUUUGUCCAUUGAACUUCCGCAUAACCGAUCGUAAUCUAAGCGAUAUCGGGACAAUUAUGCAUGUCAGUGAAAUACCACCAUUAAAAGGUUCGGUAUCGUGGACAUGUAAGCCCGUUUCAUAUUAUUUGCAUGUAAUCGAUCGUACUAUAUUGGAGCGUUACUUCCAACGUUUAAAGACUCAGAAAGGUGCUGACAAUGAUCACGUCGGUGGGUCUACACGUACUACGAGGGAUCGUGCCAAAAGAGAAGCCAACAAUCACGCUUUAAGUCAUUCGUAUAAUUCGAAUUCCUCAAAUUCUAAUCUUCCCGUCACUAAUCGCACUAAUUCACCGGCGGCUAAUGUUAUGAAUAAUACGGCCGCGGCGACGAAAACUCGACAACAGCAACAGCAACCGCGCAAUCUAGAUAUGGAUACUUCUACGGAGAGCGAGGGCGAUGCUGCUACUAACGGUAAUAGCAACGGUAGUGGUGGACCUUCGAAUGCUCGCAAAACGUGGUCUGAUUGGGGCAGUUCAAAGGGAAAAAGUUCGCAAUCGGAUGAGGAGGAAAACAACAAUUUCAUUAGUGCUCCGAAUUCUAAUAAUAGAUCGGCACGUUCGGCCACACAAAAGAAGCGCAAGAAGUUAGCAAGAAAAGUGGCUAUAGCUAAUAAGAAUGCCGCUGUAGUUGCUCAAGCGGCAGCUGCUAAGGAACGAGCCGAUUCAUUAGUCGCUGUUAAUAAAGAUAACUUAGCGAAAGAUGAGACGGGAGGUAAUUAUUAUUCAACUGGCGGUGGCAAUAGUUCCGCUGCUGGUGUCAAAGGUCGGAAGGGUCGUAUGAAGAAAGGCGCUCGGGGGCGUAAAACUCUUAAAAUCGCUGGCCUCGAAAUGUUGCACAAGGAAACAGUGCUUUCCACUUCUGUCGAAGCUAUGAGCAAAAAAUUACCUCCAGCACCGGGAUGUGUUGAUCAGCAAUUGACUUCCUUAUUAACGGAGAAUAUGGCUCAUAAAGAGUUGGAUAUACCUACUGCUCCUCAGGAUACACCGUACGCCUUGCAAAUACUCUUGGAUGUCUUCCGCUCUCAAUAUAUGGCCAUGAUUGAACAAAUGAAAUCUAAGGCAUUUAUACCGAAUAUCAAGCAUCAAAUACAACUGGAGCAAGAACGCAAGCAACGCAUUAAAAAUCGUGCUUCUCAAUUAGAUAAGCAGAUCAAGGUGCUAAUCGAUGAUAGCGUGGCUUUACUCAAAGUACGUAUGAAUGAGUUGGGCAUAAAUGUUUCCUCGCCGAAUGAUUUGAUCGCCAAGGCGAAAGAAAUAGUUGGCCGUCAUAAAGAGCUUCAAGGCAUAGCUAAGAAGAUACAAAGUCAAGUAACGGCCUGCGAAGUGGAGCAACGAAAACUGCUUAAGAGACAUUUACAGCAUUUGCCUGAAUAUCAAAGACUCUAUGGAGGCAUGAACGGCAAAACUAAAUUACACGAUCUUGAGCUGUCAGAGGCAGCUGCUCAUGAACUGGUGCUUAAAGAAAUUGCUAACACAUUAACGCAACGUAAAAAACUCGUUGCGCAAGUUUCAAAUAUUGAAAAGGAAGCAUCGACAUUGGAAAAAGCAGCCGAAGAUAAACGAACAGCGGCAGCUUUAAUGGCUCAGGGUACCAAUAUAACAUUGUCCACUAAUCCACAACUUCCACCACCGUCGUCUAUUGCAACAAACCUACAGCAACCUUUACAACUAACAACUACUAUGAACUCAACGUCAGUGUCCACGUCUACCUCCUGUUCUAUAUCAACCGCCUGCUCCUUAAUGCCAAACGCAACACCUGCAAUAUCGGUAACGAAAACAUCAACGAAUCAUGGUAAGACCGGGCGCCGUAGCCGAGACCAUCGCUCACGCUCCCAAGAAUGGCCGGACGUACCAGAUGUGGGCAAAAUUGAAGAAAGCAAUCCUGAAGUGUUAGCUCAAAAAAUACUUGAAACCGGACGGAAAAUUGAAGCUGGGAAAUUCAACAAUGCCGGUUUAAGCAAACAACAGCAACAACAACAGCAGCAUCAACUGGCCAACUCUCUAAAUAACAACCACCACCACCAUCACAAUAACAAUAAUAAUCAUCAUCCCGAAGAUAAAGCGUAUCGAAAACAUCAUCAUCAUCAUCGUUCGAAUAGCAGUGAACAACAUAUACCCACGACGCUUGGAGCAUACGCUCAGCCAGAUCCAAGCACUUUAAUGCCAGCUCCCAAACAUCGUGAAAGAGAUCCAAAUUUAACUGGGCACUCACAGGUAGCUAAUGCAACGACUAGAACGACAAAUGGGCCUGUAACCGCUGGUAUUCUACCUAAAUGCGAAUUGCCUGGCAUACGAAAGGCGACCAAUGCAGCUCUUGGUAUACAAGAAUCACCGAAAGUAGCCAAUUUUGAAGAUCGUCUAAAGAGUAUUAUCACUUCGGCACUGAAUGAGGACCAAGAACAUCGCAAGGCUCAACAUCAAAUGCAUCCGAUACAUGUGGAAAUUAGUGCUUCGGCAUCGCCUCAGCAGUCACCAGUCCCCAAGCGCAGCAAGCAGACAACACCACUACAUAUAGGAACUGGACACACUAAUAAUUCAACGUUGAGCAACAUUAUAUCGGUCGCCACGCAUGGUAUGACACAUUUGAAUGCUACCACCACAAUAUCACCCAUUACGCCGCCUUUACCGCCACCGACAUCAGCGUCGCAUGUGCAAAAUAACGCCUAUGGGGCCGUUAACAAGUAUAGUAGUAACAAGAAUAUAUUGAAUUCUGUUGCUAUUGCUACUUCUGCCGCAACCACGUCUUCCAAUAAUGCCUCGCAGAAAACGUCAAAAUACCAUCAACAUGUGGCUACUAGCCAUCCGUAUAGCAGCAAUAGUCAUAACCAAGAUUUGUCGAUACAUCGCCGCCGCAGCUCUGUGAGCGCUGCAAAUUAUGAACAGUUUAUGGCUGCUCAACAACAACAACAGCAACACCAUCAUCUACAUGGUCAACAACAUCAACAGCAAGUAAUGAUGAACGGGAAUGGUGGAAAUAUCAAUCAUCAUCAGGUUCAGCAUGCAGCUAAUCUGCAUCCUAUUUCUCUGGAGUUUAAAGCGCCACCAAUAGCGGCGAACAACGUUACAGAGAAUCAUUUAAAUCACCAACAACGUUCAGGAAGUCGCGAAGUGUUAUUGGAGCAGGAGCCUGUAAGAGCGAGCUCGGCAAAUUCGGAUUCCGCCUUAACCUAUUAUCCACCGACCCGUGAUCGUUUGAUGUCGUUAGAAAGAAGCGUCAGUAGAGAAUCAGCUGUUUCACAAAAUUUACCGCCACCUUCACAUAUAUCCCUAGGUCAGCAACCGCCAAGUCGUCCAAGUUCAAAUUCUUCCCAACCGGAUUAUACACAAGUAUCGCCAGCAAAGAUGGCUUUGAGACGUCAUCUGUCUCAGGAAAAGCUUAACCAACAACUGCCACCCACGUCUGCAGGCAGCGGUGCUUCACUGGGGAAUAGCUCUAUGCCAAUGUCGACCAAGACUAUUGGCGAUUUAGUAAACGGGGAAAUUGAACGCACUCUGGAAAUUACACAUCAAUCCAUCAUCAAUGCAGCCGUGAAUAUGUCAACGGUAGGCACAGCGUCGGGAGAACGUAAUCCAUAUUUGGCCGAGCGUAGUCUGUUUGGUAGCGAACGCGAUCGAGAUCGUUCCAAUGAACGUGAACGUUUGAUAAUAAAUCCAAAUGCUCAACGACCGGAGAGAGUUCAUGUGCGCGUAGUGGACGAUCAUAAUGGUCCUCCAAUUAACGCCUACGCUGAAGUGCCGUCGCGCUCAACAACGUCGGGACGUAAAAGUCCGUACGCUCACAAUUUAGCCACUUUGGCACAUGUAGCGUAUCAACACAAAACUAUUAAUGGUCCCACUAACGCUGCGGUGAAUGCUACAAAUCCGAUUAGUGCUUCUAACAAUAAUAGCCAACGACAUUAUAAUAAUGGAAAUCCCCGAGAGCGCGAAGUUAACAAUAUAUCAGCAUAUCAUCAUCUGCCCACAACAGGUAAAGGGAAUCAGGCAGUCAAUAACGCAACGAAUGCUCAUAACAGCUCAAACGUUAUUCCAACAUCAGCCCCUAACGCAAGUCGAGAUUAUCAACCAGUUGCUUUGCCGCGUGCUGAAAUGAAGCCUUGCAUAGAAGCAUAUUUCCAGGAUGAACAUCAAAAUCACAAUCACUCAAAUCAUAUUGGACACAAAACCCACACAUCGAACAGCAGCAAAGAACGUCAUGGCACGAACAGAAAUAAUCGGUUAAAUGGUGGUAAUCCUCCACUAGAAGGUUUGGCAGCCUCCCUGCAAGAUCGAAUGUUGGCAUCGCGAAAAUUUAAAGAGGAGCACGAAGAACGACAAAGGCGAGUUGCAGCUGCCGCAGCCGCAGCUUCCAAUGCAACAACAUCAAAUGAACACACAUCGGUUGGGCAUGGUCGGGGCUUACACAAUCAUCAUCAUCAUUUACCCCAUAGUAAUGAACAUUAUGGUUCCACGAACUACGGAACACCAACCACAAUGGCAUCCACACCCAAUCAUAAUAACGGCGGCAAUACAAGCACACCUAUGAAGGUGGAACUCGGCGUAAAGCGAACAUCGCCUAUGGGCAAUACAAGUCAUCAACCAAGACCGGCCAAAAUACCGCAUUAUUCGCAUGAAGCGCCGAAUCAAAAUCCGAUAGGGCUGGCAGCAGGAACAGCACAAGGUAAUCCUUAUGCCAGUAGUAACGGUGGUGUUAAUCAUCAUCAGCAACAGCAUCAUUAUCAACAGCUAUCACCUAACUCAUCGUUAAUUGGUCAUAGCAAUCGACGCGUUAACAACAGUAAAUUAUCUUUAGAACCUUUACUGAUGAGCCCGGAUAUUAAUUCCAUAAUGGCUGCUGAUGACAAUCGUAACACUAUGUCUAUUAUACCGAAUUCCCGUCAUACACCACAUCAUCACAACAACAACAACAACAACAACAACAACAACAAUAGUAACCACCAACAACUUGGUCAUCAUCAUAAUCAUCACCAGCCAAUGCAUCAUAAUAGUCAUUUGCCACAAGCCAAUAAUAGCCAUCUGCCAUUAAAACAACAAGCAGUAAUACCACAACAACAACAACAACAACAACAUUUAUCUGUGUCCGUUACCUCGUCAUCAUCAUUAAAAUCAUCUCUAAAUACUUGCAGCAAUUCUACUCCCAAUUCAAAUCCAAUAGGGGCAGCAGCGCGGGCCGCCGAUGAUGAUGAUAUUAUAGCUGAUGAUGAAACGCAUUGGCAGCAUCGUGUUAGUUCGGGUUUUGAUCGUUUAGUAGCAUUCGCUUCGACGGAAUUGGAUAAGACGCGACGUUCAAUUGAUACCGAUACGGUACCGUCAUCGAUUAGCUGUAACACCUCACCCGAUUCCGGUAUUACACAUAGUAGCAGUAAUUCCGAAGCGUCACGUACAUUCCUAUCCACCUCAUCGACAUCAUCGCAAUUAGAUUUACCGAUUAGUAGCGGUAGCAGUACCAGUUCAAGCGGUAAUAGCAGUUUUUUGAGUCAUCAUCCGACCGUUUGUUCGGAUCAUCUUAGCGAUAGUAGUAUGAAAUCGGAAAAUGCUUCGUUGCCCACAGCAUUGAAACGAUGUUCGUCACCCGUCGAUCCUACGGCUAUAGAAAGUCCACCCUUAUCCGAUAUGGGUUUACCGCGUACACCCAGUCCAAAUGCGAGUACGGUAAAUACAUCAUCACCGCCACCACCACCCCUAACAAAUGCCUUAAUCAAUUCAAUGGAAAAUUCGGGAAAUCAAUCGACAAAUAAUUUAAAAAUUCCACUUAAAUAUCAACGCAAAUCGAAAACCUCCUCCGAAAAGCAUUAUAAAAAGAAAUUCUGUGAACGUAAUUGGGAAUACGAUUGCGAUGAAAUAAUGUCUUAUUCGAAUUCAUCAUCGAAUACGGCAACGGAUAAUAAUAAUGCGAACAACGCGACCGCCAAUGCCAAUCUCAACGCGAAAGGCAAUGGUGGUAUCGAGCAAAUCGAUGGUAUUGGCUUGAAGAACUCAAAUAUCCCGGCAACAACAGCGGCAGCGGCAGCACAACAUAAAUCAUCGAAAUUUCGUCCCAAAGGUAAGGACUGGGAUUGGUCUUUGGAUAGCGGCAACAGUAACGGCGGCGGCAGCGGCAGCGGUACACAAAAAUUGAAUUCAAAUUCUCUUACAACAGCGAAACCAGCUUCAACCCCCACCCCUAGUGCGUAGAGCAAAAAAAACAAAAAAAAAAAUAUAUUUUUUAAAUGUUGGUUUUUUUUUUAAACUGUUUUUUUUGUUUUUU